AUGAUCCUGCAGCCUCAGGUGUUCGCCUUAGGCCUCCUCCUACUUCAGACAGGUGUUGUAUUUUCUACCCAAGUGAAUGCAGUGCUGGGGCAGUCGGUCACACUCCCCUGCACCUACUCGGUGUCUAGAGGAGCCCAUUAUAUGUGCUGGGGCCGAGGGCCCUGUCCUCCUUCCAAAUGCUCCCGUACACUUGUCAAUACAAAUGGAUACCAGGUCACCUACCAGAAAGACAGGCGUUAUCAGCUAAGUGGGAAGAUUAGUCAAGGAGACGUGUCCUUGACCAUCCAGAAUGUAAACACGCGUGACAGUGGCCAGUACUGCUGCCGUAUCGAGGUUCCCGGAUGGUUCAACGAUAUCAAAAAAACCAUUUCACUCCAGGUGAUGCCAGCUCCAGCCACGACCACAGAAGUCCCAACAACACCUCGUGUCUCCACGGCUCCCCCAACACCAGCACAGACGCAGACCACCGAAACAGCUCCAGCCACGACCACAGAAGUUCCAACAACACCUCGUGUCUCCACGGCUCCUCCAACACCAGCACAGACGCAGACCAGCGAAACAGCCAUGACCACAAGACUUCUAACAACACCUCAAGUCUCUACGGCUCCUCCAAUAUCAGUGGACACAUGGAGCCCCAAAACAGCUCCAGCCGAGCCCACAAGUGUUCCCACAUCAGCCCGCUCCUCCGCUUCUGCUCCUCCAGCACCAGCGCACACACAGAGCAAUGAAACAGAACCUUCUCCACCUGUUCCAACUCAAGCAGUGGAAACCCAGCCUACAACACUUCAGGAAACAGAGACUCAGCUGUUCACCUCCCCGGAAUCAAGCCAAGAAGAUGGGAAUGGCACUGUGACACAGUCUUCAGGUGGCCCUCGGCAAAACGAUCAACCUGAGUUUCCAGCACAACACAAACGAGUCGACGCUAAAAGACUCUAUGUUGGAAUCCUUGUUUCUAGCUUGCUUUUGCUCAUUAGUUUGGUUGUCAUCAUUGUCAAAAAGAGAUUCAUCGGCAAAAGGAGGACACUGACACUAAGCAAGGUUUUGUGGAUGCGUCCUCGAAAUCAAGCUUUGGAACAGCAAAGCCCAGCAGAAGACGAAGUCUACAUCAUCAAGAAUAAUGUUUUCGUCCUUGAUUAAAACUCAGCGGUACUCUCUGUCCAUGACUGCAGAAGACACUGACCAGGCAACACCACGAUCAUCGUCUUCUCCAUCCCGGGACCAUUUUCUGUAUCAGUUUUAUCUGUCGUUCCAGCAGAUCAGUGCUGGUGGAUAGAGGAACUCUCAGGGUCAAAGCCAUUAUGUUGUCAAAUUUUGUUUUAAUAUUGUUCUGAUUUUUAUGUUGAGACUGUUCCAGUCUUUCCAGGCACUGCAGAGCUCUCUGUCAAACAUGCGUAUGUCAGAGUUCUGUCUUUUCUUUAGACUCUAUAAUCCCAUUCAUCAAAGAAAGUAAUCAGGGCUCAUGCAGGAAAUGAACC